GUUUUCCUGCUUUCGGAGCCGGCCAGUGCGGGAACCGUUUCCGAAGGGACCACCGGGAACAGACGGAUCGGCAGGGCGGGGCGGAACGGUGAGUUAUGCUGAGCGACUCUGCUCCUGGCCGCCUCCUGGAGGCUCGAGACCCCCCCGCCAGGAGCGAGGUGGGAGAGUAGCUACGUGGGGUAUUAGUUUCCUCGCUCCUCAAGGGGAAUCAUCAUAAUUUACGGGCGGUUGCGUGCCCUAGACUGACUGCUCUCCCCUUUCAGCGAGGACUGUGCUUCCUCCGAGGGAGUUGCGGGCCGGGGCAUGCGGACCGAGCAUAUUUCUAGGUCUAGGGACAAGGGACUUGGAAUCCUGCCUCGGACUUUGUCGAGGGUUUUAGUGACUUCUCUACGUAGCUCCCUUAUUGUCUCUCAUCUUUUGGCUCCCCUGUCAAGGACCAUCCCCCAUUCUAGGACUUCGAUGUGUGAUGCUUUGAUCAAAGGAUUGACAUUCCUUUUCUAAGUGUUUGCUGUCAGCUUUCAGCCACUUGAUUGGUUUGGAAUCGGAGCCUUUUCUCCUGCGAUUCCAGGUGUCCCUAAGGUAUCAGUGUUAUCCAGAACCAAGAACUCAGUGGAGGAAUGAAAAAGGCAGCAUCUUUAAAAGAAUGUUUAUUGGAAGGGGUUGCAAGAGCUUGCGAAGUCAUGAAGAACAAAGUUUUUUAGAGCCAUUAUAAAAUGGCAAGGGUAAUACUGCACUCUUUGUGAACAGUUUCUGUUUCCUUCAUCUGGGGCACAUGCAUGUGAUCAACUUUGGACUUCUUUUGAGAUUGCCAGGCGUUUGCAAUGGCUGCUACUGUGAACUUGGAACUUGAUCCCAUUUUUUUGAAAGCACUAGGUUUCUUGCAUUCAAAGAGUAAAGAUUCUGCUGAAAAGCUAAAAGCACUGCUUGAUGAAUCUUUGGCUCGGGGCAUUGAUUCCAGUUACCGUCCAUCUCAAAAGGAUGUGGAGCCACCCAAAAUUUCAAGCACAAAAAACAUUUCCAUUAAGCAAGAGCCCAAAAUAUCAUCCAGUCUUCCUUCUGGUAAUAAUAAUGGCAAGGUCCUCACAACUGAAAAGGUAAAGAAGGAAGCUGAAAAGAGACCUGCUGAUAAAAUGAAAUCAGACAUCACUGAAGGAGUUGAUAUUCCAAAGAAACCUAGAUUGGAGAAACCAGAAACACAGUCAUCUCCCAUUACUGUCCAAAGUAGCAAGGAUUUACCUAUGGCUGACCUUUCCAGUUUUGAGGAGACCAGUGCUGAUGAUUUUGCCAUGGAGAUGGGAUUGGCCUGCGUUGUUUGCAGGCAAAUGAUGGUGGCAUCUGGCAAUCAAUUAGUAGAAUGUCAGGAGUGCCAUAAUCUCUACCACCGAGAUUGUCAUAAACCCCAGGUGACAGACAAGGAAGCGAAUGACCCUCGCCUGGUGUGGUAUUGUGCCCGAUGUACCAGACAAAUGAAAAGAAUGGCUCAAAAAACUCAGAAACCACCACAGAAACCAGCCCCUGCAGUUGUUUCUGUAACUCCAGCUGUCAAAGAUCCAUUGGUUAAGAAACCAGAAACUAAACUGAAACAAGAGACAACUUUUCUAGCAUUUAAGAGAACAGAAGUCAAGACAUCCACAGUUAUUUCAGGAAAUUCUUCUAGUGCCAGUGUUUCCUCGUCAGUAACUAGUGGCUUAACUGGAUGGGCAGCUUUUGCAGCCAAAACUUCCUCUGCUGGUCCCUCAACAGCAAAAUUGAGUUCAACAACACAAAACAAUACUGGGAAACCUGCUACUUCAUCAGCUAGCCAGAAACCUGUGGGUUUGACUGGUCUGGCAACAUCAUCCAAAGGUGGAAUAGGUUCCAAAAUAGGUUCCAAUAACAGCACUACGCCCACUGUACCUUUAAAACCACCUCCACCUCUAACCUUGGGUAAAACUGGUCUUAGUCGCUCAGUUAGUUGUGACAAUGUCAGCAAAGUAGGUCUUCCUAGUCCAAGUAGUUUAGUUCCAGGAAGCAGCAGCCAACUAAGUGGGAAUGGAAAUAGUGGAACAUCAGGACCUAGUGGAAGUACUACUAGCAAAACUACUUCAGAAUCCAGCAGCUCUCCCUCAGCAUCCCUUAAAGGCCCAACUUCACAAGAAUCACAGCUCAAUGCUAUGAAGCGAUUACAGAUGGUCAAGAAGAAAGCUGCCCAAAAGAAACUCAAGAAGUAAUGUGGCCAAGUAGGUUUUUAUAUCAUAUUAGCCUAAAGAUGAAAGGCUUAUUAUUAUGAUAUAAUCUGUAAUACACUGUAAUUUAAUAAAAGUCUUCAUAAUCAAAUUUCUAUUGUUUCUUACCUUAAAAUGCUAAAUAUUAUAUAACAAAACUUGGAAACUUUCAUUUUAAAUCAAUCUUCAACAUUUUUAUUCUAAUGAUUUCCAUAGUGUGUGAAAACAAUGAUUAGAAUGACUGGUUCUCAAUGAGAUCUUCAGAAGAUUGAAAGCAUCUGUGAAUUUAAGGAAAAAGAAAUAGUUCGUCUUCUAGCAAAGCCCCAAGAGUUGAUCCUGAUGAAUGAGGUGCCUUAUGUGGCGGCAGGGAUGACCCAACAUAGUUUUCUAUUUUCCUCCCCGUAUUCUGGGUGUUCAUUUUCUGUGCUAGCCCCAUUUCAACUGACUCUCCCUCUCCCUCCCAAUUAUUUCAUCUUUUUCAAAAUUAUUUUUUCAUUAUUGAUUUCUCAUAUCAAUGGAUUUUCCUAAUUGAUUUAUCAUACUUCAUAUUAUAUCUUUACCUUUUUAUCACCUCAUUUCAAUUAUUUAAGGGUAUAUCUUUUUCCAAUAAAUUGUGAACUCUCUUGGUGCUUAAUACAAUAUUUUUUCUCACAUUGCUCACUUUUCUACAUUGCCAAUGUAAUACAUGCAUAUAGUACGUAAUAAAUGUUGAAUUUUGAUUCA